AGACCACUCAACAUUUUCAAUUUUCACAAAACCAGCAAACAUGAGUGACAUCAGGUCUUUCUUUGGAACCAAAUCCAACGAUCCUUCAAAAUCUACAACCGAUCCAAAAUCAACUAGUACGAAUCCUAAACCAAAAGAAACCAACAAGACUUCUACUUUUAAACCCAUCACAACCAAAUCAACCACACCUCAAAAAAAAUCACCAGCAAAAACUAUGAAACCCACUAGUUCUUCCACCCGAAAAAAAGAAACAACCGAACUUAAAUCGAUCGUUAAAGAAUCUUCUUCUCUUUCACGUACGAAUACUACUACUACUACUACUAAUAAAAGGAAAAUAUGUGUGGAGCUUAGUGAAUCGGAUGAUGAUAAACCUGUGAAAUCUAAACCUGCUUCUACUUCAAAAGGAAAAGAAAAAGUCAUACCCAAAGAAACAAAACCCACUGAACGUAAACGGAAGGCUAAACAAGAUGAUUUUAUUGUUGAUGAUGACGAUGAUGAUGACGAUGAUGAUGACGAUGAUGAUGAUGUACCAGUAAAGAGCAAAGCUACCAAAGCACCGUCUUCGAAAAAACCCAAACCAAAUAAAGAUGAACCAUCAAAAGAAACCUCAGGAGUCCAACCUACAAAACCUAAGCCGAAAUGGAUCCCUGGACAACAACGCGCUGGUCCCUCUGCUCCUGGCUCAAAGGAAAUCCCAGAAGGACAACCCAAUUGUCUUGCUGGUCUUACAUUUGUCUUUACUGGAGAAUUAGACUCACUAAGUCGUGAAGAAGCUCAAACACUUUGUAAACGUUAUGGAGGUCGUGUGACCACAAGUCCAUCUUCUAAAACUACCUAUGUAGUGCUUGGUUCAGAUGCAGGUGCCAAGAAGUUAGAAGUCAUUGCUAAGCAUAAGAUCACCACCCUCACGGAAGAUGAGUUUUUGGAAUUGAUCGGAACACGCUCAGCAAGUGAGGUGGAUCCUAAAGUACUCAAGAAGCAACAAGAUGAAAUUAAGAAGAUCAAGCAAGCUGCCAAGGCUAUGGAACCUACGAAGGGAAGCACAGCUGAAAUCGCUCAAGCUAAGCAAGAUCUAGCCGGACAAUUGUGGACAAUGAAAUACGCACCUAAAGCAUUAAACGAACUAUGUGGUAACAAAACCCAAGUGGAAAGACUUCAAACCUGGCUCAGAGAUUGGCCAAAGAAUCGAAAAGCCAAGUUUACCAAACCUGGUAAAGAUGGUCUAGGUCUUUAUAGAUGUAUUGUUUUAUCGGGUCCACCGGGCGUAGGGAAAACUACGACGGCUCAUUUGGUUUCGAAACUUGAAGGAUAUGAUGUGAUUGAAAUGAAUGCAAGUAAUACGAGAAGUAAAAAACUUUUGGAAGUGGGUUGUAAAGAUAUCACUGGAAAUGUUGGGAUAGGUGGAUUCUUAGAGUCAUCAGAACCUAAAAACGAGAAAUUAGUUUUAAUUAUGGAUGAAGUAGAUGGAAUGUCAGCAGGAGACAGAGGAGGAGUAGGAGCCUUAAACAGUUUGAUACGUAAAACCCAAAUCCCAAUCAUAGCCAUAGCCAAUGAUAUGUCAAUCCCCAAGAUGAAACCAUUAAAAUCGACGACUCAUUCACUUGUGUUUAGAAGACCUGAUGCUAAUGCGAUUCGGAGUAGGAUCAUGUGUAUUGCUUUUAGAGAGAAAUUAAAGGUUCCGGCUAUUGCUAUUGAUCAACUGGUCAUGGGAAGUCAGUCUGAUAUUAGACAAAUCAUUAAUAUGUUGUCGGUUUGGAAAUUACAGAGUGGUGAAGGUCCUUCUAAACCGAUGGAGUUUGAUGAUGCUAGAAAGAUGGCAUUGAUGAAUGAAAAGAAUACGAUUGUUUCACCUUGGUCUUUAGUGCAUAAAUUGUUUGCUCCUCAAACUUGGUCUCAAGCUUGUUCGAUGAGCUUUAUGGAUAAAUGUGAUUUAUAUUUUCAAGAUCAUGAUAUGUUACCAUUAUUUGUACAAGAUGGUUAUACUAAACAUGAAUGUGGUUUGGCAAGGAAUUGUGUGGGACCGGAAAAGGCGGCGAAGAAGUUGGAGUUAUUGUCACAAGCUGCUGAUUCGAUUUCGGAUGGAGAUUUAGUAGAUCGAAUGAUUCAUGGACCACAACAACAUUGGUCAUUAAUGCCGAUCCAUGGAAUCUUUUCAUGUAUCAGACCAGCCUACUUUUGUCAUGGCCCUUCAAGUUCAUCUGGAUUCCAAGGAGGUGGAGGGGGUGUAGGAUUUCCAGCAUGGUUUGGAAAAAACUCAACUCAAUCUAAACUAAAUCGAUUCUUAGGAGAAAUCCAAAUCCGAAUGAGAAUGAAGAUUUCAGCCGAUAAAAAAGAAGUCUUGUUAACUUAUUUACCUUUGUUGAUGAACUUUUUGGUGGAUCCAUUGAGGAUUGGAUCCAUGGGAACUGAUCAGAUUGAGGGUGUUAUUAGGUUGAUGGAUGAGUAUUUUUUGACGAAAGAGGAGUGGGAUGGGUUGGUUGAAGUGAUGGCUAUUGGGGUGGGAUAUGAAGAGGUUUUGAAAUCGAUUCCUUCGGCUACUAAAUCGGCUUUUACUAGAAAGUAUAAUAAAGAGUCACAUCCGAUUCCGUUUCAUAAGAAUGUUAACUUACCAGCAAGUAAAAAACUUCAAGGUAGUUUUGUUCCAGAUAUAGAAGGAGUGAUGGAUAUCGAGGAUGAUUUUGAAGAAGAUGAUGAUGAAGAAGAUUCAUCAUUAAUGGAUCUUAGUAAAGAUAAAUUGAUUAAGAGUAAAAAGCUUUCGGCUUCGAAGAGUGGGAAUCCGAUUGUGGGCAAAAUCACGUCUAGGACUACUUCUGCUGCUUCUAGGGCUUCUAAAGGGAAAGGGAAAAAGAAAUGAAGUUUUUUUUGAAAAAGGAUUGUUUUUUUACAAUUUUCUUUUGAUAACUUGAGAUUUUAGUGUUUUUUUUUUAAAAAAAACAUCAUGUUCAGGUUUAUUUUUUUUUUGGCGGAUUUGGACCUUUUACAUAUACGUUUUGUUUUGUUUUAUGGAUUGUAGAAAUUUCUUUGAUGUUUUGAUGUGUUAUUUUUUUGGGGGGAAUUUAUAAACAAGUUCUUUUUUCGUGU